CGAAAAACCAAUUGGAAGUUUAAAAAUUCCUAAAUAAUCUAAUUCAAUUUUUAUAGUCCGAUUGGCUUAUUUCGCGCUGUUGUAUAAACUUUUAUAGUUUUCUGUUUUCAUUAAUAUAAAAAAAAAUAAAUAAAUUUAGAAAAAUGUUCUGCAAAUUGGCAUUCAUCUCCUCACUCAUCGCUUUGGCGUUGGCCAAACCACAACAUCUGCCAGCCGCUCAGUACCCAGCUGGCGUGAAUCCACAGGACUGUCCCGGUUUCCCGAUCUGUGAUAACGCACGCCUACACAAUCCACAAGCGCACUGGGGUGCACCCGCGCCCGCCUGGCAACCGCAACCACAGUGGGGCGCUCCAGCACCCUCUUGGCAACAACAGCAACAGUGGGGCGCACCAGCUCCCUCAUGGCAAGGCGCACCAGCACCCUCUUGGCAAGGUGCUCCUGCGGCCAGUGCUGGCGGUGAUAAAUUCCCAGCUGGCGUCAAUCCACACACCUGUCCCAACUAUCCCUUCUGUGAUGUGAAUGCCGGUCAACAUGGCGCCGUCGCUGCGCCACCACUACCCGGCUGGACCGAACGUCAGUACCCAGCUGGCGUAUCCGCGCAUCAGUGCCCCAACUUCCCCUACUGCAACUAGAUACAGCUACAACAACUACAACAACUUUAACCACGGUCGCAACUGUAGCGUUCGCUUGUAGCGCUGCAGCUGCGUCUGCGUCUGCCUACAGCCCGUCGGACGAAGUCCCGCUACCAGUAUCCUAUCCUGAACCGCAAAAAAAAUCAAGUUAUACAGCCUAUCCACUGCCAAUGUCAACCAACUUCAAUGCCACUUCCACAUCACUUUUUGUUUGUUAUUGCUUUUUUACAGCGCCUGAAGUUCUCAAGUUCUCAAUACUAUUGUACAGCUGGAGUUUGUUGUUGAUCCAUAAGUAAAUAAAAUAUGCAUUUGGAAUUUUA